CAAGAGAGAUCACAGUAACAAGUUGCCGUCUGCAGCAAACGGACUGGUACCCACAUAUACGCAGUUUGAAGUUUUCAAAGAACGAGAGGCAAAAAGAUUUUUAAUAACAACAGUGAAUGUGAAACGCGCGACCGACGAUAAACAUCACACUACUGAUUGACGUGCCAAGUGUGAAUUGAAUUUUGCACGGAUUAUUUCUGUUUUGUUUGGAUUCUCUAAUCAAAAAACUAAUCAGUUUCAGAUAGUGUGGAUAAACUUAAAAAGCAAGUGUCAUGGGUUCGAUGUUUCGGAGUGAGGAAAUGGCGCUCUGCCAGCUGUUUAUACAGCCAGAAGCAGCAUAUACGUCGGUGUCUGAAUUGGGAGAAUCGGGUACCGUACAGUUCCGUGAUUUAAACCCCGAUGUCAAUUCAUUUCAACGUAAAUUCGUGAACGAAGUGCGCCGUUGUGACGAAAUGGAGCGAAAAUUGCGAUAUAUAGAAGCCGAAGUUCGCAAAGAUGGUGUUAAUAUUCCAGAUUUGGAUGAAUUGCCACGUGCACCCAACCCAAGAGACAUAAUAAAUUUGGAGGCACGUUUCGAAAAAACGGAAAAUGAAAUCUUGGAAUUUUCGCAGAAUGCGGUCAAUUUAAAAUCAAACUUUUUGGAAUUGACUGAAUUGAAGCAAGUGUUGGAGAAAACACAAAGUUUUUUUGCUGAACAAGAGGGCGCUUUGAAUUUGGAUUCGUUACGCAAAACUUUGGUUCCCGAAGAAACGCAACAGGUUCAAGGUUCCAGAGGGCGUCUUGGUUUUGUGGCGGGAGUGAUUCAACGUGAACGUGUCGCUGGAUUCGAACGUAUGCUCUGGCGUAUUUCUCGUGGUAAUGUGUUUUUGAGACAAGCUGAAAUCGGUACCACUCUUGAAGAUCCAACAACCGGAAAUCCACUGUAUAAGACCGCAUUCGUUGCAUUCUUCCAGGGCGAACAAUUGAAAUCGCGCAUUAAAAAAGUAUGUGCAGGUUAUCACGCAUCUUUGUAUCCAUGUCCCUCUGCACCGGAAGAACGUGAAGAUAUGUUGAAAGGAGUGCAAACCCGUUUGGAAGACUUGAAAAUGGUGUUGAAUCAAACGUUUGAUCAUCGACAACGUGUUCUUUUGAGUGUGGCCAAAGAGCUCCCAUCAUGGAUCAUCAUGGUGCAUAAAAUGAAGGCCAUUUAUCACACAUUGAAUUUAUUCAACAUGGAUGUUACGAAGAAGUGUUUGAUUGGCGAAUGCUGGGUACCAGUAAACGAUUUACCAGUUGUGCGCAAAGCCCUAACCGAUGGUUCGAAUGCGGUCGGAAGUACAAUUCAAUCAUUUUUGAAUUUAAUCCCAACCAAUGAGAAUCCACCAACUUUUAACCGCACCAACAAGUUUACACGUGGUUUCCAAAAUUUGAUCGAUGCAUAUGGAGUUGCAUCGUACCGUGAAGUGAAUCCAGCACUUUACACAAUCAUUAUAUUUCCAUUCUUGUUCGGAAUUAUGUUCGGCGAUUUGGGUCAUGGAAUAAUUAUGAUGCUUUUUGGUGCUUGGAUGGUUAUCUGGGAAAAAUCUUUGUCCGCAAAAAAGACCAACAACGAAAUUUGGAAUAUUUUCUUCUCCGGUCGCUACAUCAUUUUGUUGAUGGGUCUGUUUUCGAUGUACACCGGUUCUAUUUAUAACGAUGUAUUCUCCAAAUCGGCGAAUAUAUUCAAUUCGGCAUGGUUGAAUAAAUACAGUCCGGAAGAGAUUAUGACAUCCAAAGACAUCCAAUUAAAUCCAACAAAAGACACAGGGAAUGAUCCCUAUCCUUUCGGUAUUGAUCCGGUCUGGCAACUUGCCAGUAAUAAAAUUAUCUUCUUGAAUUCAUUCAAAAUGAAAUUAUCCAUCAUUUUUGGUGUGAUUCAUAUGAUCUUCGGUGUCUGCAUGAGCGUAGUGAAUAUGGUUCAUUUCCGAAACAAGAUGAGCAUUUUGUUGGAAUUCUUGCCACAAAUUUUAUUCUUGGUUUUGCUUUUUGCAUACAUGGUGUUCCUCAUGUUCUUGAAAUGGGUUUUGUUUAAAUCAAAUGUCGAUACUCCACAAAUCUAUACGCCAGGAUGUGCUCCCUCAAUUUUGAAUAUGUUCAUCAACAUGAUGUUGUUCAAAGAUUCGACGCCUUUGCCCGGCUGCAAUGAAUUCAUGUUCGAAGGUCAAGCAACCGUUCAAACUGUCUUUAUUUCGGUUGCAUUGAUUUGCAUCCCAUGGAUGUUGCUAGGCAAACCAUUGUACAUCAUGUGCUCGAAAAAAACCAAUCACGAAGCCAAAGUAAAUGGAAAUGUCACUCAAGAUAUCGAAAUGUCAGAAUCACAGGCAGUUGUUGACAAUGAGCACCAUGACACCGCUGGUGGUGGACACGACGAAGAUCAUUCGUUGAGCGAGGUUUUCAUUCAUCAAUCCAUUCACACAAUUGAAUACGUUUUGAGUACCAUUUCGCACACGGCAUCUUAUCUUCGUUUGUGGGCCUUGUCUCUGGCUCAUGCUCAACUCUCAGAAGUAUUAUGGAACAUGGUUUUGUCAAAAGGAUUGCAAAGCGAUAAUGUUAGCGGAUCCAUCAUUUUGUAUUUCAUUUUUGCUGUUUGGGCCGCCUGUACACUAGCCAUUUUGGUCAUGAUGGAAGGUCUUUCUGCCUUCUUGCAUACACUUCGUCUGCAUUGGGUCGAAUUCAUGAGCAAAUUCUACCAAGGUGUCGGAUAUGCAUUCCAGCCAUUCAGCUUCACCGCUAUUUUGGAAAGCGAAGAGAUGAGCGAAUAAAAUAUCACAAACAUAAUGCUAAUGAAUAUUUUUUGUUCACAUAAUCAAAUUAUAUCAUAGUCCAAGUAUUAAUCUGUAUUUAAAAUUGUGCAGAUAGUAGACAAUGUUAACUUUGACUUCAAUAUUGUAAAAUAAAUUUACAAAUGUGUUCGUUUAAAGA